GAAAAAAAGAAGAAGAGGAUCAGGACAUGAGCAAGAAGCGGGCUUGGAGGGGACGCAGACAUGGUGGCGUCUCUCUCUCUCCAUCUCCACUCCCCUCUAUCCCCAAAAUCUCCAGCUCUAUCCCAAAACCCUAGUCCGCUUUCCUCGCACCAACCAUUUCUAAAGCUCAGGUCUCCUCCCCGCAGCUUUGUUAGAAUCUCAACCCAAUCCAUCGACUACAGGACCCCAGUUCACCGGGCGAGCUGCAAGAGCCUCAAGGACUCCAAUGAAGAGACCGAGGCGGUGGUGGACUCUGGCGGCGAUGGUGGAGGGGGAGGUGGCGGGGGCGACAACGAUGGGCAGGAGGAGAAGGAGGGUGGAAUAUUGCCCGAGUGGAUGAACCUCACCUCCGACGAUGCAAAAACGGUUUUUGCAGCCCUGGCGAUAUCGCUCGCGUUCAGGUCGUUCGUGGCGGAGCCAAGGUACAUUCCGUCGCUGUCGAUGUAUCCCACCUUUGAUGUCGGUGAUCGAAUUGUUGCGGAAAAGGUGACGUACUAUUUCAGGAAGCCUUGUGCGAACGAUAUCGUGAUCUUCAAGAGUCCUCCAGUUCUCCAGGAAGUUGGAUACACGGAUGAAGAUGUCUUCAUUAAAAGGAUUGUUGCGAAGGAAGGUGAUAUUGUUGAGGUUCGUGAUGGGAAGCUCCUAGUCAACGGGGUUGUGAGAAAGGAAGAUUUCAUUCUCGAAACACCCUCUUACAACAUGACUCCCAUUCGAGUACCCGAGAACAUGGUCUUUGUGAUGGGCGAUAAUCGCAACAACAGCUACGAUUCACAUGUCUGGGGCCCACUACCUGCUAAGAAUAUCAUCGGGAGAUCGGUGUUCCGGUACUGGCCUCCAAAGAGGAUAGGCGGGACUGUGCUUGAGAAGGGCUGUGCUGUAGACAAGCAGGAGAGCAGCUUGGUCCCCAAACAGAGCAUUCAGCCCACUGCUUCCAUUCAGUAAAAGGAAUUUUGUAUGUUUGAGAGGUUCCAUUCAUCCAUUUUGUUUUUAGCUUACGGGCAAUGUAAUUGUUUCAUGUAACUGCAGUUUGGGAUAGCUUGUUUGUGCAUGAUUUUCAUUAUCUUGCAAAGAACAAAACAGGAAGAAUAAAACUGGUAACUCCGAACCCAUA